UUUACUUGUUCUGCCAGAUUUGAGAGGAUCGGAGAUGAUUCUGUUCUUGGAGAGUUGUUGUUUUUGAAGGCUGAAGAUUUGUUUGAAUUCGAGUGGAAUCUCUGGAUUGAUCUCGAAUUUCUAGGUCCAACUGUUUUGAUGAUGAGGAUGCGAAUCGUUCUAGUGGCGUUGUUGGUAGCUCUUGAUUUUGGAUUAGCUUCACCUUCUACAGUUCCUGCUUUCCUCUGGUCUCCGCAUCUCCAGUCUGCUAAUGGUGAAAUGGAUGUAAAUUAUCAAGUUAUGUCUGCAAAGGAUCUAGUAGACUCUGUUUUUACUCAAGGAGGCUGGUCUAAUUUUCUGUGCUCGGAGAAAAACCUUCAGCAACCUGUUGAUGUUGCACUCGUGUUCAUUGGCAGAGAGUUACUGUCUUCAGAUGUUUCUUCAAAUCGGAACUCGGAUCCUGCCCUUGUUAAUAUUUUGAAGAAUCUGUAUACAGCUUCCAAUUUCUCAUUGGCAUUCCCGUAUAUUGCUGCACCAGAGGAGGAAAGGAUGGAAAAUUUGUUGCUUUCAGGGCUUAAAGAAGCUUGUGCUCACAAUGUAGGAGUCACCAAUGUCGUGUUCUCAGACUCGUGUUUCGUUGAGGAUGGAACAAUUCAGAAACUAUCGAAUGUGCAGUCUUUCAAAGAUCAUUUAGUUGCUAGAAAAGAAACGAGAAAAGAAGGAGAAACUGACUUGGUUGUGCUCUGCUCUGGGGGAUCUGAAUCAUCAAGUCAAUCUGACCAGUCACAUUCAGAUCGUGAAAUCAUCUCUGAGCUUGUUAGUUCAGUGGAGCAGUCUGAAACUAAAUACACAGCUCUAUAUGUUUCUGAUCCUUAUUGGUACACUUCAUACCAAACUCUCCAAAGGUUUUUGGCUGAAGCCGCUACAGGAAACACCACAGCUGAAGCUACUACAACCUGUGAUGAACUCUGCAAAUUUAAGUCAUCACUCUUGGAGGGUAUCUUAGUGGGAAUCGUUUUUCUUCUCAUCUUGAUAAGUGGACUUUGUUGUAUGGCGGGCAUCGACACACCGACUAGAUUCGAGACUCCUCAAGAUUCUUAAAACUCAAGAUUGAGCAAUCACGCCUCUCUUUCUUUGCGGUUUCUUGUGCUGAUUUUUGCAUUGUGAAGGUUUGUUUUCAAAUGUGGAUUGUUACAUUACUAGAAGAAGUGUGUGUGCAUGUGAUAAAAAUCCCUUUUUUGUAUUAUUAUCUCUAUUCACCUCUUUGUGUAUUGUUGUCAUUAUCGAAAAUGUUUGUAGUACUUGUAAUAAUUGAGAACGUUGAAGAAGACCCAGACUUUUACCAGAUUU